AUGUCCCGCGCGCCGGUCGCGUCGAGCGACGGCGACGACGCGCGUCGCGCGCGUCGCAACGCGCAGGCGCGCGCGCUGUGUCGGCGCGCGUGCGAGCUGCUGAACCUCCCGAUCGACACCGCGGUGACGGCGCUGGCGAACGUUUUAAAGUUUUAUAAACGGCGCGACGCGAUCGAGCGCGCGAGCGAGGACGAGGCGCGGAAGCGCGCGAAAGUCUCGCCCGAAUUGGUCGUGCAGGCGGGGAUCUACCUGGCGUGUAAGCUGGAGGAGUCGGUGGUGCGGUUGGCGGACGUCGUGGCGGCGACGGCGGCGACGCUCGACGGCGAGGACGGAACGGUGGCGCUGGAUGAUCGCGCGGACGUGCGGUUGAGCGAGGCGGACGCGAGAGAACGGGCGGAGGGUGAAAUGCUGGCUGGGUACGCGGUCGUGGGUCGUGGGGCGGGAGAUGAGGGUGCGGAGGCGAUGAACGCGGCGCGCGACGGCGACGCGAUGAACGCGGCGACGGGGGCGUUGUAUUACGCGUACAAGGAUCGAAUCUUAGUUUUGGAGCAAGAGAUGCUUCGCGCGAUGGAAUAUGAGUUGAACACGGCGCAACCGCACGUGUACAUGUUUCACAUCGUACAUGUGAUCGGAGGUAGUAGGGAAUUGGCGUGCGCGGCGAGCGCGACGCUGUUGGAUGCCCUCUUCGCGACGGCGGAGCCCGUGGGGGAAGAGGAGGCGCCGACGAUCGCGGCGGCGGCAGUGCGCCGCGCGAGCGUCAAUUUGAAGUGUGAAAAAGACUUGAAGUCUGCGAAUGGGAAAAUGUGGUACGAGAUUUUGGGGUUCGACGCCGCGGCGAUGGACGCGGUCGAAGAGCGCCUACGAGAAGGAAGCGCGACGUGA